CAAGUGAAUAAAUCAUGAGGGGCCCGCAGCAGGCCAGCAGGCCACAGCUGACCUCAUUCUGGAAGUGAGGAAGGAGUGAGCAGCUGUGUGGUCGAGACCCAGCAGGAACAGAAAAGAUACCACACCCAUGUCCAUGGCCCUGCCUGAGGGCCCGGCAGAUGGCAGCCUCCCUGAAGGGGACUCCAGCCCAUCCACAGACACUCCAGGACCCAGCCAGGACCUAGCCAGCCCCACUGCCCGCAGGCGGGCCCUCCUCCGUGAGCUGGAGGCCCAGGUGCAGGCUGCCUAUGGGCAGGACCGGGAGCUGAGACCAGAGGAGAUCGAAGAGCUGCAGGUCGCCUUCCAGGAGUUUGACCGAGACCAGGAUGGCUACAUCGGCUACCGGGAGCUGGGUGCCUGCAUGCGGACGCUGGGCUACAUGCCCACGGAGAUGGAGCUCAUCGAGAUAUCACAACAAAUCAGUGGUGGGAAGGUGGAUUUUGAAGAUUUUGUGGAGCUGAUGGGCCCCAAACUGCUGGCGGAGACUGCAGAUAUGAUUGGCGUGAGGGAGCUUCGAGACGCCUUCCGGGAGUUUGACACCAACAGAGACGGCUGUAUCAGCGUGGGGGAGCUCCGAGCAGCCCUCAAGGCCCUGCUAGGGGAGCGCCUCAGUCAGAGGGAGGUAGAUGAGAUCCUCCAAGACAUCGACCUCAAUGGAGACGGCUUGGUUGACUUUGAAGAAUUUGUUCGGAUGAUGUCUCGAUGAGCCUGUAUAGAAGCUGGAGUGGACCAGCCCGGAGGAAAACAGCCUCUGAACGGCAGAGGAUCCCAUGUGUUCCUUGAAACUCAUUAUGUACAGGACUGUGUGUCUCCUCUCCAUCCCUGCCUGGACACAGUGCCCUCUCCUGUCGUCACCCCUUACCUCUCCCUGGUUCUCUGACAAUAAAGCAUCUUCCAGCUUGUGGA